AUGAUUGUAGACCAUAAAAUAAUCGUUGAGGAUAGUAAUGCUUGCACUGGAGAGUUUGUGAUUUACAGCUUGCUAGAAUUAUAUCUUAGAAAUUAGAAUAAUGGGGUUAUUUUUGUAGCUGCAUCCCAGUCAUUUUCUCAUUAUUAAGCAGUUCUUAAGAAACUUACUAUGAUUGAUAGCUCUCAAUUAGUGUAUCUAGAUCAGUUCGGAAAGCCUUUUGAUUAUAAUGUAUUUGAUAACCUGCCUUUAUCCCAGGCAAUCCCAAACACGCAUACUUCAAAAUUGCCAAAGAAAGUUCAGUUCUAAUAAUUUACAUUAGUAGAUAGCGAUUAAAUGCUGGAUAAGAAUUUCAAAUCACUGUUCACCAAGAUUGAGAAAUCAUUAAAGCAGAUGCAAAACGAUGGCAAAUAAGUGCUUGUUUUGGUUGAUAAUAUAAAUAUCAUGAUUAAUGGUUGCUACACAAAGAGUGAGUUAGAUUUCAUCGAGAUUAUGAAUGAAUUUACAGCAAUCGCUGAUAGAGACGCUAGGAUGUCAGUGGCUAUUGGAGUGAAUAGAGAUUUAUUUGAUUGUGAAAGCACAAUGGAUUUAGACUUUUAUAGAGAGAUUAAGAAUUCAGUAUUUGACUCAGUCUAUGAGCUUAAUAGAAAUCUCAGUGGAUACUCUAGAGAUGUCCAUGGCUAGCUAAAUAUCAUUAGAAAUAAGCAUAAUAUAGGGGAACAGAGUGUCAAAAAUGUGAAGUUCAGACUUACUGAAAAUAAAGUAGAGUUGUUCGAGCACUUCACUAUUUGA